AUGCUUUUGUCCAGAUCUAUGAACUCACUAGAGCCAGGCGUCAUAUUCCACCAGGAAGUGAAGUGUUGUGGUUUCCUGAGGACUGCUGCCCUUGAAUCUGGAGUAGAAGCUCCAGCAGCCAUCAGGACACAGAUGCUCAGAACCUGCCCCCUUCAGACACCUGAUGUGACCAAGGCCACCGGCAUGAGGAGCUGCACAGGGAGAGACAAAUCCAGCAAUUACCAUGCUUUACUGGCAACCCGACACAAAGAAGGCUUUGUGGAGGAGAACCAAGGUGCUGGUGUUGAGGUGAUUUCUAUGGCAGAUAUGUCUCAGGGUCUCUCACAAGGCUGCAGUCAAGGCAAAGGGUACAAUAAGCAAGUUACCUCCUUACAAAGAAGAGCAAGACGCUGGCGUAUUUACCAAAGGAGGUAUAACAAUUGGUCUGAACAAGUCAGGUCUGGUAUUCAUCCUUCAUCCCAGCAACAACAAGAUGGAGAUCAAGCAACAAGUGAUGUUCACAAGGAUACUGGAGUAAGAUAUGCUCCCUAUGCCAUUCCAUCCUGUCAUCGGAGAGGCAAUUUUCAGAAACAAGACGAAACCCAUGUUAACAAGGAGACAGAGCAAAAGCCUCCAGAGAGACGAAUGGAGAGAAACAGGCAGGAUGAGACCUUGGGGAGCUGGUUCAAGACCACAAUUCCCUUCGGUAUUCAAUAUGAUGAGAAGUGGCUGCUGAAUUUGAUUCAGAAGCAAUGCAGUGUCCCCUUCACCCCAGUCGAAUUUCACUAUGAGAAAAUGCAGGCCCAGUUCUUCGUUGAGAAUGCCAACAUUGCCUUCGCACUGAAGAAUGUCAACGGCAAGAUUUACAAUGAGGCUAAUGAAAGGAUAUCUAUCUUUGUUGAUCCCUGUGAUGCACCCCACUCUGUGCUGAAGGAGCUGAGGUCAGAAAAGGUGGAGCAGAUAAAGCUGCCCGUGAAGGAACGACACGAUGCCUCCCAGCAAUCUCUUGACAUCCAGAGGCUCCGCUCUGACCCUGACUUGAUGACCCGUGAUACUGGAAUGCCGCGAAACCCUAGAAAUGGCAUGGCCGCCUCCCUGCAGAUCCAUCCAGGGAAUAUGCCCAAGGUGAAGUCUGCAGGGGAGAUGGACAAGGGUGAGCGGCUGGAGCCAGAAGGGAUGUGUGCAGACAGAAACCCCCUGUGCACCAGCUUCCCUGAUAAGUCAACCAACAUAAGCUCCAUCCUGGAAUUGUUCCCCAAGUUACUAACCUUGGGCGGCCAGGAGACAUCCCCACUGGCUAAGUGUGGUAUUGAAGCCUGCAAGCGCUUACCAACCUGCAAGGGCAGCUACUUUGGAUCUGAUGAGCUGAAGAGCCUAGUCCUGCAAUUCCUGCAGCAGUACUACUUGAUCCAUGACUAUGGAGACCGACAGGGUCUCGUGGGUGCUUAUCACGAGCAGGCCUGCUUCUCCCUGACCAUUCCCUUCCACCCCGAGGACCCAGCCCCAAGCAGCUUGUGCGAGUACUUCAAGGACAGCCGGAAUAUGAAGAAGCUCACGGACCCCCACCUGCGGGUCCAGCUGCUGAAGCACACAAAACAUGACAUUGUGCACACCCUCUGUGUGUUGCCCAAGACUCAGCAUGACUUCAACUCCUUCGUGGUGGACACGUGGUCCCAGACGGAAACGAUGCUCUGCUUCUCUGUCAGCGGGGUGUUCAAGGAAGUGGAAGGAAGUUCUCAGGGCUGUGUGCGUGCCUUCACCCGGACCUUCAUCGCUACCCCUGCCAGGUACUCCAGUCUGUGCAUCGUGAAUGACGAGCUGUUUGUGAGGGACGUCAGCCCCAGUGAGACCCAGAGUGUGUUCUCCAUCCCAGUGCCUACGCCCACCUCCAGCUCCAUGCACACCCUCUCCCAGGAGCAGCAGGACAUCAUGCAGGCAUCUUCCACCCGACCUGAGGUGAACCGCUGGUGUAAUCAGAAGUGA